AUGGCUUCUGGUCCUCCCUCAGUGGCUUCAACCAAGGAGACAACAAACUAUGCACGGCUUUGUCGUCUUCUGGUGGAUGUCGGGUCCCAGGUCUUAAGAGACACAUUUGAUGGUAUACAUUCGCCGGAAGGACUCCAUAAAGUUUUGGCUCGUCACCCAGAACAUGCAAAACUACAGUCUCUUCGGAAGAAGAAAGUUAUUAAUCCCACACAAUGGGGGAAGUUGUUCCCUGUCGUUACAGCUUCUGUUUCAUCAGCUAGCUUUGAUAUCACACUCUUAGUGGUGCUAUUGAGGAAUAUCUGUGGUCUUAGUCCUCCUAUCAAUGGCUGGGACCGUCUUCCUCCUGUAGCAGAAGGCAGUGCAUCAGCUAACAUAGCCAGGGUGAAGUUUUACCGAAAUACUACAUACGGUCACGCUGAGCAGGCUGCAGUCGAUGACACCACAUUCAACACCUUAUGGCAGGAUAUCGGUGAUGCAAUAGUUGGAUUAGGAGGAGCAAAGUACGCUGCAGCUAUUAUCAAGCUCAAGAAUGAAAGUAUGGAUCCUGAUAUGGAGGAACACUACAAGGAGUUGCUAUCAAUGUGGAAAAAAGAUGAGGACAACAUUAAAGAAAAGCUUGAAGAAGUGGAAGGUAUGUUACAAAAGUAGUUGUUGUAGGGUUGAGGGCUCUGAAAAAAUAACGAAGGCGAUUUUUAGGAAGUAAAAUGCGACAGCUUGCAUACAUAUUUGAUACUCUGCCAAAAAGUAUCUUAAAUGUACGAGAGGUGCGUUCAGAGCAGGGCAGGCUUUUUUUGCUCUUGUGUAGGAUACAAGUACAUGUAAAAUAGUCUUACACCUCAUGAAGGUGAAGUGGUGGGGGAUAGCUUGGCUAUUCGGUGAAUGCGGACAUUUCCAUAGAUCCCGGUUAAUGUUGUGAAAAAGUUUGCAUUAAAGACACUAAUAAAAAUGUGAACGUAAUCGUUUGUCCUGCGAUAGAGUCACUUUCGCGACCUUUCAAAUUCCCCCUGUUGGUCUUUUCAGGUGGUCAAGGAGACUCACAGUAAGCAGGUGAAACGUCACGAUCCAUAUCGGAAGUGACUACAUCGUAAGAAAAACGAUCAGAUUUCAUUUCAGAGGUAUCGCUCUUCCCAUUUUCACAAUUUCCCCUUUCAAAUUUUAUUCUCUCACACGUUUUCAUAAAAAACCAUACAGAACUUUUAAUUUAAAGAUAUUAUGAAUGUAGUGAAACUUUGCCGACUUUAUCAACAUGGAAACAUUCUCGAUCAUUAAAGGAAAACUUGAACAUGUUGAAGAACAAGUAAAAAACGUCAGUGAAAAGUUAGAUGCCAUCCUUGGAUCAAAGCAAGCUAAAGGUCAGUCUUCGAAACAUUUAGUACCGUUAUCAGAACGUUAUAUACUCUUUCUUAUUAUCUGUGAACUUAAGAGGUUUGAAAGUGGCGUACAGGAAUCAGGCGAAGUAUUUGAGAAAUGAUUAUGUAAGAUGUGACUUUGUCUCAAAAUAAUUUGUGGUUACCGUGUUGUGUGACUAUGUUACAAUAAUUGGUAUGGUCACUGUAACCGAAGUCACGCGUAAUUGGGGUCAUUCAUUCAUUUGAAAUAUCCACGUACUUUUUUGCAGUCGAGUGUAUGAUUGGUUUAUACACACAUACAAGCUAAUUGUGUUGUAACCUAGAAUGCCCCGAGGAAAACCGGGUUACCAGACGAAAUGCUUAGAGUAUUGUAAACUGCUGGUUCCCUAUUCCACCACUUCGUGGUCUUUGUGGAUAUGUAAAGUGCUGUACAGAUAGUGCUGGACAGGUAGUGCUGGACAGGUAGUGCUGGACAGGUAGUGCUGGACAGGUAGUGCUGGACAGGUAGUGCUGGACAGAUUUUGUAAAAGCUCGUGGAACGUAUGUCAGCAUAUUGAAAAAAGCCAAAUUCUUCUUUCAGAUGAUUUUGAUCCAACUGAACUGAUCGAUGGAAUACGACAACUUUACAAAGUCCGCGAUGGAUGGUUGGCACCAUUUCCGUGGUGCGAGGACUUUUGUUUUCAUCUUGGUGAUAUCUAUACCAGACUCAGAGUGGUAAGCAGAACGAAAGCAGGAGGGAAAGCCACAGGACACGUUGUUACCAUGUCUGAAAUAUUCAAGUCGCACGAAGAAUGUGAGAAUCCAAGAACAUCGUUAAUUGAGGGGAAGCCCGGUAUGGGAAAAACCACAUAUUGCAAGAAACUUGUUUAUGGUUGGGCGAUUGGAAAGCAAGAAACAGGUGGCUUCCUACCAAGCUUCAAAAUCGUGUUGUUCAUCAAAUGUCGCGAUAUGAAGGGAGACCUAUGGGCGGCUAUUGAUGAUCAGCUUCUUCCUCGAGAUAUCGAUGAGGCCGAAAAGGAGAAAUUCUUCAACUUCAUUCGCCGCAAUCAGUCUGCGGUUCUACUGGUCCUUGAUGGAUUGGAUGAAGUUUCUGUGAGUAAACUACCAAUGUUUGCCGAAAUCAUCCAAGGAAGACUUCUUCCAAAGUGUUACCUGGUUGUUACAGCGCGACACGAAGCUGGAGUUCAAGUUAGAAGACAUUGUGACACAUUGCUGGAGGUUGAAGGGUUCACUGAAGAGGAUGCGCGAAACUUUAUCACCAAAUACUUCAAAACAAGGGAGAAUUUGGCCAAAACUCUCAUCGAAGAGAUUGGAAAAGAUAAAAAGUUGAAAGACAUGGCGGCAAAUCCUCUCAACACCGCACUUUUUUGCCUGGUUUGUGAGGACUUUGAAGGGGUCUUCCCAGAUAGUAGAACGGAGCUGUAUGUGGAAAUAGUGCAAUGUGUUUUAAGAAGAUACAAGCUAAAGAAACAACUGCCAGUAAACGGCGAAGACUUCAUUGAAAAGUACGGAACCCAACUGAAGCACCUUGGCGGGAUAGCACUUAACGGUUUGCUCGAAGACAACUUGGACUUUGACGAAAGUGAGCUUGGAAAUCACAAAAGUGACUUACCUGGAUUUGGGUUUCUCUCCGUUCAGCCUGGAGGCAGCAAAUUAAGACCGCGCCGGCGUUAUGCUUUCCUUCACAAGAGCUUUCAAGAAUGGUUUGCCGCGUACUAUCUGAGUCGUCGAUUGAUUGCGAAGGAAAUCAGCCCCAGCGAAGUAGCUGUUGACAAGUGUUUCAUCCAACAGUUGAAAGAAGUCCUUCCAUUUGUCUUUGGUAUCUUAUCAGCACGAUGCGAGGAGACAACGGUGAUCCUAGUCAAGAGCAUAACGUCACACUUGAACCAGGAGGUGGAUGAAGUCAGAGAUAGAUGGUUCAGGGUUGUAUUGGACUGCAUCAAAGAAUGCAAGGAGGAGAACGAUCUACCAACUCGCUUGUCACGUGAUUUUGGCUCGCUUCUUCAACUGGAAUCUGUCUCUCUUGAAAGGUCAAACGUUUGUGAUCCUGAUGUUGUUAUUCUGGCUGAAGCACUUAAAACCAAUACAACCUUAACAAGUUUACAUAUUUCAUUCAAUGCAAUUGGAGAAGAAGGCGCUGUCGCUCUGGCCGAGGCCCUUACAAGCAAUUCGUCCCUGAGAGUGUUGAAUUUAGGUACUAAUAGGAUUCUUGGUCCUGGAGCCUGUGCGUUAACUGGUUUACUCAAACGCAACACAACUCUGACGGAAUUGUUAGUACCUUUCAACAACAUCCUCGACUCUGGUGCUGAUGCUCUGGCCGAAGCCCUGAAAUGCAACGUGUCUCUGUCAAGACUAGAUUUGUCUUUCAAUAACAUUGGCCAUCCUGGUGCUACCACCCUAGCCGGUGCCAUUAAGUGCAAUGGAACCCUGACGGAUCUGAGACUGUCUGGCAAUAAAAUAGGAGACGCUGGUGCUUCUUUCCUUGCGGAUGCAGUACAAGUGAACGCCAAUUUAAAGAUGAUUCUUUUGGCUGGUGGUUCCAUUGGAGAUGCUGGUGCUACUAGUCUGGCUGAAGCACUCAAAUGCAACAAAACCUUGAAAGACCUGGGUUUGCACGAUAAUGAUAUUGGAGAUUCUGGCACCACUGCUUUAGCAGCUGCCCUUGAAUGCAAUAAUUCCUUGGAAAGGCUGGAUUUAUCGAGCAACAAAAUUACUGAUCGUGGCGCUCUCGCUUUAUCUAAUUCCCUUAAGAGUAAUACUAUUCUGAAAGAGCUGUAUUUGGCUCGCAACAGCAUCGGUUAUCGUGGUAUUAACGUCCUAGCUGAUGAAGCUAAAGGCAGCACGACCUUGACGAAGUUGCAUUUGUCUGGCAACAGGGAUGCCGCGGCUGUAGUUCGGGAACUCCGCUCAAAACUUGGCGAUCUUAUUGCGUAA